UUAGCAUUUGCCACUGGGUCCAAUCACGUUCCGACAAUUGGAUUUCAUCCUCCGCCAUCUAUUGGAUUUCACCAUCAGUCUGAAACUCCACAAAGGUUUUCAGUUGCAAAUACCUGCAUUAACCAUCUUCGCUUGCAAUAUACAGCACAUAUGGGGCAUUUAAAAGUAACAUGGACUUUGCCAUCGAGAACAUACAUGGAUUUGGGAAAGAGUAAGACUUGAUAUGAAUUUUGCUGGCUACAGAAUGUAUGAAUCAGGAAACAAACUGAGGAGACUGUUGGCAAGACUGGUUAAAGGCAGGCAAACAGCUAAUGUAAUCUCUUCAUUAAAGGAUAUGAAUGGCAAGACACACCAUCUGACUUAAACAAUAAAUAAACUUAUGACAGAGUAUUAUUCUCAGCUUUAUUCCUCAGCAUGUGAAUAUUAAUGAAAUUUUUUUUGGACAGUGUAAAUCUCCCUAGAUUAAGUAAGGAGGAUAGGGAAGCACCAUCUAGUAGUAUUUCUAAGGAUGAGAUCUUGGAUGCUAUUGGAUCAUUGAAAAAUGGCAAAACCCCAGGGCUGGAUGGUUUUGGCUUGUUGUUUUUCCAGAAAUUGUACAAGCACUAAAAACAGGUCAAUUCCAUGAUUUCCAUCCUCAUGUAAUGGGCUGAAUGUUUGCUGAAUAGUCACCAAAGGUGGUGUCAUUAGUUUGGUAACUGUUGUCAGGAACUACAACAUUGUUUCUGGUCUCUAGUACUGCUACUAGCUACAUCAAUGGUCAUCAGUUUCACACACUCGAUACAGCUGCGUUGUUGUGUCCAAUAGUACUAAGACAAUACCUGUGUGCCAUAACUGCAGAGGUGUUUGUCCCCCUUCAGUUGAUAAUCUAUAGUUGUUCCACAUGUUCCUGAACUCUUUAACUGCCAUCUGGAUCCGGGGUAAGUAAAUAAAAUGAAGACAGAAUAAAUGGAGCUCACAAAGAAAAUUAAGUAUGCCUUGAUCAUCCAUGAAAGAGAACAAGUUAGAAUAAUAAUAUGAUACAACUAUAUUCAACAUUUUCCAAUAAUGUUUCAAUCUGUUGAUUGUGGACACUGCAUCCAGCAAUAAUAGUUCUUCUAUUGAGACCUCGUCUAUUUUCAUAUAACGUACAACCUUAUCAUUUUCCAGGCUAUGGUCACAUCUGACUCUUGAUGGCAAUCCAAAUUUUGUAACGCUUCUUGGAACAAAGAUAAAACACUUAACACAUGACAGUUCUCUUUAUAUGUGCUAUAUGACCUUAAAUGAAAAUUAUUAAAAAUGUCCAAUGCUAUUUCAUGCAUUCUGAAUUUUCACUGUUAAAGAGUUCGAUUCUCAUGCAAAACAUGAUCGAGUUUGACGUAUGGCAGAGAAUUUUUGUUCCACAUACACUCCUUCAGGGUUUGUAUAAGUUGCGGAAAGUUUUUUUCGAGUAUGGCCGUGUAUAGGCAGGAACACACUAAGCCGACGCCGACGAACUAGUGGCGAUGAAAGCAGACUGCGCGGUUGGCUCACGUCGGCAGCGUCUGGGUCCAAAGUUGCCCUGACACACCAAACCAACGCUCGACAACCGAUGGCCAAGUAGCACGUACGUUCUGCGCCUGCGUACGAUGAAAUGCCUUUCCGUACCAGCAGGUGGCAGUAGCUGAACAGCCAAUCAGAAUGAUCAGAUGGACCGACGAGCUCCGACGCCGAUUCAACAUGUCGAAUCGGACGGAAAAAAGCCAACGAGGACCAACUUCAGCCGACAGUGCGGAACACACUGAGAAAACUUAGUCGGCCGACCGUCGGCUUGGUGUGUUCCUGCCUUAUGACAUCACGAAGGCCGGAAUUACUUCUCCCGGAAGAGCGCGCACACAUCAACCAGACCGAGAGCAAAACCACGUCCAUCAACAUUUGCCAACAAUGUUACCAAAGAAGUGUGUAUUUGGUUGUGAGGGAAAGAUAUCCUUGUUCAGCUUCCCAAAGAACCCAGCGUUAAGGGAACCGUGAAUGCAGUUUGUUUUUCCGGGGCAGCAACAGAGUUAGUGUUUGUUCCUGGCAUUUCGGUGACGAAUGUUUUGUAAACAAGGCCCAGUUCGACUCUGGAUUUGCAGAUCGGUUGAAACUGGAAGAUGAAGCGGUCCCAGCGAUUAAAGAUCCCUGUCAUGAGUCGGAACCACAGACGAAAAACUCAGGUUGGAGCAACUGAGAGCCACAUGACAUGAAGAUGGCGUUCGUUAAAGAGAAGAGUGAAGAUAUGAAACAAGAUACUGAGACACAAACAGACCUGAUGCAGCUGAAAGAGGAGAGUCAAGAACUGAAGGAAAUUGAAGUGCAAAUUCAGAAUGAGAAAGAUGAGGAUUUCAUAAAUGGAAAAAACUAUUUUAGUUGCUCAAAGACAAAAAAGACUUCCUCACGAAAAAGAGCUCAAAAGGCAAAAACUAGACGCCAUUUAAUCUGCCAACAGUGUGGUAAAAGUUUCACUCAUAGAGGAAACCUUAAUGUCCACAUGAAACUUCAUAAUGGAGAGAAGCCUUUCACCUGCCAACAGUGUGGAAUAAGUUUCACUCAAAGAGGAAACUUUAACGUUCACCUGAAAAUUCACACUGGAGGAAACACUUUCAUCUGCAAUGAGUGUGGGAAGAGCUUCUCACGAAAAGGAGGUCUUAAGACUCACAUAAGAGUUCACACCAGAGAGAACCCAUUCUCAUGUGAUCAGUGUGGAAAGAAUAUGAGAUUCAAAGCAACCCUUAAUAAGCACAUGAAGAUUCACUCAAGAGAGAACAGUUUUAUGUGUCAUCACUGUGGAAGGAGUUUCACAGACAGCGAUCACCUUAAGGAUCAUGUGAUAACUCACACCGGAGAGAAGCGUUUCAUGUGCGAUCACUGUGGAAUGGACUGUAAAAACAAUGCAAACCUUCAGGUUCACAUAAGAACUCACACGGGGGAGAAGCCUUACAUCUGCCCUCAGUGUGAUAGGAGUUUUGCAUUUAAAGGAAACCUAAGGAUUCACAUAAGAGUUCACACAGGAGAGCGGCCUUUUACCUGCCCUCAGUGUGGAACAAGUUUUACAUAUAAAAGAGACUUGAAACGUCAUAUGCAAACUCAUUCUGGCAAGAAACUGGAAUGAUCUGUGGAAUAUUUAUUCACAAACGAAACGUGUGGGGGGGGAAAAAUGUUAUCUAGGUAAUGUCUAAUAUGAGCCAAUAAAUUCUCCUCUGCCGCCA